CGGUGACGAGGUGAGCCCCUUUCUAGUGCCACGUUCGUAGUGACGUCACAGCAGGAGGUGCGAAAGUCUUCCCAGACCGGUUCCCAAUUCCCGGUAGAAGCAGUGGACGGAAGGCUGCUCGGUGGAGGACUGCGGACGCUGCCCGGAGAGCCACGCCUGGCGGAAUCACGUGAACAGGGAGAGUCCCGGAGUGAUCCAGCGAGGAAGGACGGGUGGCUGACAGCUGCGUGAGAGCACGACACGAGAGCCGGGAUGAAGACGGUGCGGGGCGCCCCGCCACACCUGCUCCUCCUGCCCGCACUGCUUCUGCUGCUGUGGGGGCUGACGGGCGCCGCCUAUGCAGAUACCUGUGAAGGAGCAGUGAACUGUAGUGCGUGUAAUAAUAUCUCAGGCUGUAUGUGGGCUAAAUGUAGUAAUGCCUCUGCAGCUCUAAGUACAGUAACACCAACUUCAGCAGCACCAAAAUGUAUGAAUUCAUCUAUAGCCGACUGCACCAAGGAACUAUGUGAAGCCACUGCGGCUCCAAGUACAGUAGCACCAACCACAAUUACUUCAGCAGGUGCACCAACAACAAAUGUAACCAAUACUACUACAUCUACCUCAACCCCAGCGGCAACAACCAACAGCUCUGCAGCUCCUGCUUCAUCCACUGCCCAAAGCUCUGCAACCACCUCCUUAAAACCAAGCCCUGUGACAACACCGUCGCCUAUCAAGAAGAACACCUUUGAUGCCGCAAGUUUCAUUGGAGGAAUUGUCUUGGUACUGGGUGUUCAAGCGGUGGUAUUUUUCUUGUACAAAUUCUGCAAGGCCAAAGACAGGAAUUACCAUACCCUUUAAGCCCAGUUGUUCUGCACUGCUCACCUACAUCGCUCUAGCCAAAUGUAAACUUGAAGAUUACUCAUUGGAAAGCCAUGGAAUUAGGCCCUUUCCUCCUCUACAAAUUGUAUCUAUACCACCGCUAUUGAGAAGAAAGUGCAGCUUAACAUUGCUGUGGACUGCAUACAUCCCAUCAGCUUCCUAAAGUUUUUCAAACCGGUCAAACGGCCAUGUCCUAUAUUUCAGAAUACAACCUCCAAGGGAAAAAAAAUUUCCAUGGGUAAUAAAGAAUAAAAAAUUAAGAUUACAAUGCCAUUGCAGGGAAUAGUUUUGGAUGAUUAUGAAAACGGUCAGGUUAAUGUGAGUGGUGCUCUGGGCAGUGCUGCCUUUAGGUGUGGUAUAUCUUUCUAUGAUCUUGUCCCUUUCAGCUCUAUUGUUGAGUCUUUUAAUUGAAGUUGAUUAUAAUUUAUGAAGGUAUAUUAUUCCUCACAUCUUCUUAAGUGCACCUUACUCCUAAAAAAAGGUGAUAUUUUGAGAAUUGUGCCUUAAAAGACAUAUUGAAAGUAUCACAUAUUUUAGUUCUCUAGUAUUGCAUUGGCCUCUUUGUAGCUGUGCCGGCAUGACUGACCAAUAGUAAUCAAUGUCCUGUAUCUACAGCCUCCAGAAAGGCAAAUUUCAUGUUGACAAGUAAUUAAAAGUAACAAACAAGUUUAGCUGUCGGUCAUCUUCAAUGCAUCUUUCCUUCUCUGUCUAAUUCUAAUCUGAAUUUUAGAGAUGAUUAUUGAUAAUAGAGCUUACUCAAGUUUUUUUUUAUAUUUUUUUUUUAUAUUUAUAAUGAUCCUUUCUGUGGAUCAUUCCAUUAAUGAAGGAAAAUAUGACUUUGCUCUAAAUUGCUGGCUUUGAGGUGGCAUUUGCUGGUUAUUGUACCUUCCAGAAUUAAUCUUCGUGGCCUUGUUGUACAGCAUGUUUCCACUAUUGAUUCCAAUUGCAUUCCUGGUUCCUGCUUGGCCAUUAGUGUAUAAAGAGCAUUCAAACCUAUUCCCCAUUGCAUGAGGUGUACAGACGUGAUCUACGAAUUGUAUAAUAGGCAGGUGGGUGAAUGAAACCUGUUGCUGCAGCAAUAAAUGUUUUGAAACCACAGGUUAUGUGCCAAAGGCUGUUCUCUUCUUAAUUGGUAGGUUUACUAGGAAACUUAUAAGAAUAGACUUUAAACCUUGGGUCACGUUGGGGCUCUGAUUCAGAAGAGGCCGAACAACUGACGUCUGUCACUGCAGGCAGCUUCCUAAAAUAGUUUGUGCCAGAUUGGAAAGCAUGGUUCCUUUCUUUAAAAAACAGCACCUCGCUUGUCUAGGGUUGGGCAACAUAACCAAAACUCCCCAUGAUAACGAUAUAUCCUGAUAAAUGCCCAUUUAGAAGAAAAAAAAAAACCACUCAAAGCAUGUACUAGUGUUUCUGGUCUUUAAUUAUAAAAUAUAAAACCUUUUACAAUUACCCCUAUUACAAGUAGUAUUAGGAUUUAAAGAAAUACGAUAUUUACAUAUCCUAUGCUGGAUAAUAGUAAUAAGUUAAAAUUCAAUGUAACAAACAUGACAUUAGAUUUUCAUCGCCCGAAACAGUGGUCGGCGACUAAAGUAUGGUCUGUGGUUAAUCAGUCAGGUUGGAUAUUUUUUGGCUGAUGCCAAGCAGAAAAUAUCCCACCUGACUACUUGCACAGGCUCAGUGCAGUAGAAAUGUUGUACAUCAACUAAAUUGCCUGCAUGAACGGGCAGUUUAGUGGAUACUGUGGAUGCCUGGAUCGUUCUUAUGAAUGAACCCACCAUCCGAUAAAUAGCUGAAUGACGGCCAUUAUGUUACAUGUGAGGACAAAUCGCGUGAGAAGCUGAGGUCACUCAGGAGGGUUAUGACGUAGAAGUCAUUUACUGACCAUCGCCAUGGUUACUUGUGGGUCAAAGACUCUGAUGCCAAAUUUGAGAAAAAGUUGUGGAAUGAACGAGAUGUGAAUCCAGGACUGACAUACACCGAGCCUGUUUUAGAAGUGGUUGGUCCUGUCAAGUGCGACCGCCCCUAUGAUUUCACUUAAAUACCACGGCAAUUAAGAAACGGUGAUAUCACUGUUUCUUAAUACGGCAGUAUAUCGUAGAUAUCAGUAUAUUGCCCAAACCUACACUUGUCCAUUGGUUGUCAAGCUCAGCUCCUUGAAGUGAAGGGUUGAUCUGUCAGUACCAGACACAACCUGUGCACAGAUGUUGGGCUGUUUUUGAAAGAAAGCAGCCGUAUUUACUAAUCCUGGACAGCCCCUUUAAUGACCCAAUUCAUCGUCAGCACCUGUCAUGGACGCUGGUCCUGGUCGAUGGGAUGAUAUUGCAGCUCUGCUUCGACAAAGUCAAUGGGAUUGAGCUACAAUACUACAGGUGUGGCACUGUUAGAAAAAAAAUCCAAAAAGCCAUGUUUUUGUAAUCCCUCCUUUUAAUACUCCACUCCUAAAAUUGUUGUUUAGUUUGCUUGGCUAUUUUAAAUGCAAUUAACAGCCAGCUUUCUACCUGUGGCUAUAAACAUGGUGGUUUUAAUCUGGAAGGAUUCAGAAAUUAAAGAACCAGAAGAAUUUGCUACUCCUACUUGUGGUUGUCACUUCUAAGUGCCUUAAAGUUGUUUGCCUUUAGUACAAUUUUUUUCCUUUAAAUCCUGAGGGUGACCAGAUUGUAUCAGAUGCAUGUAUGCUGGGAGUAGCAUGCAUACCAGUAUCUCUGCUCAUAAUGAUGUACAUGUCAUUAACACUAAAGUGGAGAUUGCACAUUGCCUACAGCUUGGAAAGAAUGUUUACUGUAGACUGCCUUACUAAUGAGAAAUACUAUAUACCAGUGUAAAUGGAAUUUGACAAACCUUUCGUGCAUGAGCCAAGAUAGGAUUUUUCUGUAAGCAGUUCUCCUCCAGCAAAUAGUGCCUGUCGUCUUCAACUUUUCACCAGUAAUUGCCAUCUGCUGAUCAUGGAACAGAAGAACUAAGGGUAUGGACAGUGUUUCUAAUCCACACAGGACCAUGGCUGAUCAGCUGCUUGCCAGCAUGUGCCACCAUACAUAAUGUUAGAGUACCAGGACUGGUACUUGACUUAAUACAAUAUUUGCUUUAAGGUUCCACUUCUGAGUUAUCCAAUAGGAUUCAUGAGGUAAUAUGCAUGCGAGUCAAUACAUGCUGUUCUGAACAGUUUGGGGUUUAAAUGGAUGCUGGUUCUGCAACCCAGCGAGUCCUAAUACAAUCCAGUGCUGUGAACUGCUCCCCAGUAAAGAAAGCUCAUGAAUCUAGCAAUAUUGAUGGCACCUAGUCAGUUUCCACACCGAUAUCAAAGUGAAUCGGAAGCCAAAUGUCAGGAAGGAACAAUAUUCUGAUAAGUAAUUAAUCUGGAACAUAAUAAAGCAGAAUAUUGUGUCCACCCAUCGGUUUUCUUUUCCACCGUGUAGUUUACAGUACUAGAAUGAGCUCCAUGACAAAUCAAGAUGCCUUGAGAAAUGUAACAAUAUCCUAAUACUACAAGCUGUUUAACUGCAAAUAAAGUUGAUUUUGUUGAAAUAAAUACUUUAGACUUCCGGGA